UAUAAGCCUGUUCCCUUACUUACAUACUUCAUUUUCCCUCUUUUUCGAUUUCGACUCUCCUUCCCCAGAUUCCAUGGUUUGCUGGAAGAGAGUCACAAAUUCAGACUUGAAGAAAGCACUUGAGAUUCCUCGGUGUGCUGCCGUAUACAUAAUUAGAACAGACAUGCUGAUUAACAAUCAAAUGCAUUUCGUGGUGGGAGAAGAAACUUACAACAUUGAUGUGAGGGAACGUAAAGCUGGUAUCGACGAUCUGAGAUAUUCUGUUAGGAAGCUGGAGUUUAGAAGGGUCAUUGAUGGACGCAGGCUCCAAGUUGGAGACACUCUCUAUUUCGCAGAGAUUCCUGUUGAUGUCCAUCAUCCUCAGAAUGGAGGCCUUCGGAUCUCGGCCACAAGGACAAGACGCGGCGCUGUGCACAACUUAUGGUGAAAGAGCUUGGUUUGUUGGUUCCAAGGUGACUUGCGUGAAGAAGAAUCAAUAUAAACACGAAGCUAUUUUGAUGUUUACAGUGUAGCUACAAUGGUUCCAUUCCAACACAAGAAUUAUACUGUGAUUGAGAAAUAAUGUUUCAGUUUGUGCUGUUCAAUGCUUUACUAAUUGGAAAAACAGUUUCUUUUCUUCGA